AUGGGUGUCCAAAAGAAGACCCGCAAGUUUGCGCAGAUGAAACGUGCCAUCAAGGCCCACGACGAGCGGUUGAAGAAGCCGAGCACCACGAAAAAAGAGCAGCCCAAGGAGGAUCAACUGACCCGGCAAAUCACCCAAGCCCCUUCCAACAUGUUCUUCGCCGCAAACACGGCCCUUGGGCCUCCCUACCACGUGCUCGUCGAUACCAACUUUGUCUCCCACGCCAUUCGAGCGAAGCAGGACAUGCUGACGUCGAUGAUGGAUCUGCUGUACGCGAAAUGUAUCCCGACCUUCUCGGACUGUACCAUUGCGGAGUUGGAAAAGUUAGGUGACAAGUACCGCCUCGCCCUGCGGGUGGCCAAAGACCCUCGGUGGUCUAGGGUCAAGUGCUCUCACAAGGGCACGUAUGCAGAUGACUGCAUCGUUGAUCGGGUGACCAAACAUAGAAUCUAUAUCGUGGCAACCAAUGAUCAGGACCUGUGUCGCCGGCUGCGCAAGAUUCCGGCCGGCGUCAUCGGCCUCUCCUGUGCCCUCUACAUCCAACAGCACCUUACCCCAUCACAAUCCCUCAUACUUUCAGCCCGCGAAUUCCCCCACACUACCUCCCUCAACUACGCAUCUCCUUGGGCAGGCGCCCACUACCGCCCCGUCCCAGGCUCAACCCCGCAAUUCACCCGCGAAGAGUCUCAAGCUAAACGCACCUACGCGCACUUUAAAAACCUCGCGGCCCACGAACAGGGCUGCGGGGUGCAAUCCGUGCCCGGGGUCGAAUAUCUCGAGAACCCGCCGGUGGAGUACCUCGCUCCGGAGAAUAUCCGGAAUGCGUAUGCCCACCUUGAUGGCUUCGAGCGGUUGACGGAGGGGGAAUGUCCGCCUGGCGUGAAGUGGGGGGUAAGGUAUCAGACGUUUGUGGUUAACCCGCCGGUGUAUUGUGCGUAUUUGCUCCGACAGUUUGUGUUGAGGGGUGGGGAGGUAAGGGAGUAUACGUUUGUGGAUCCGAGGGAGGCGUUUCAUUUGGCGGAUGGGGUGAAGACGGUGGUGAACUGUUCGGGCAUGGGGUUUGGAGAUGAGAAGUCGUUUAUUAUUCGAGGACAAACGUGUCUCGUUCGGAAUCCCUGCUCGCUGACAAUCACUCGACAGAAUAUCGAUGGCUCAUGGUCUUUCUGUAUCCCGCGUCCUCUAGAUGGUGGGACCAUUAUCGGGGGUACGAAGCAACCGCAUAACUGGGACCCGAAGCCGUCGUUGGAGACACGGGCUCAACUGCUGGCGAAUGCUGCGAAGUGGUUUCCCUUUGCGGAGGGGAGUAAGGAGCAGUUUGACGUCAUUCGAGAUAUUCUCGGUCGUCGACCUGCGAGAGAAGGUGGGAUGAGGCUAGAGGCGGAGAAGUUAGAUCGUGGCUCCGGAACUCUUGUUCAUGCUUACGGGGCUGGAGGCCGUGGGUUCGAGCUGUCUUGGGGAGUGGCGGAAGAUGUGUUUGGGUUGAUGAAAAAGAUUGGAUUGGUGAGGGAAAAGGCUUCGUUGUAA